AUGUGGCGAACCGUUGCAUUGCUGGCUUCAACAGCGCUUGCUGUGCAAGCGGCGCCCGCCGAUCGCGGCAUCUUCAGCCCGAAACGCAUCUACUUUGGUGCCGCCAUCCCCGCAGAUCCAAGCAGCGUCAGCUUCGAGCCCUACUGUGGAUCCAUCACCCUCAACGAGACACACCCGGUCGCUGUCCUCGACUACGGCAGAGAAGUUGGUGGUACGCCCAUCUUCACUUCGAGCAAUGCCGCCCAGAUCGAGGUGAGGUACACAGAAGCGUACGCUGGUCUGCUCAAGGAGCAGGGGGACGGUCCUUACCCUUUCUCCACCAUGCUGGCCGAUACCUAUCGCAGUCACAACCUCUCGAUGCAUGCCGGCGAACAAUAUCACGCGCCCUCCGUGCAAGGUGGUCAGCGAUGGCAGUCUAUCUCUGCUUCUGGUCCAACCACACUUGACUCGGUCGGCUUCGUCCCCUCUAUGUCGACUCUGGAUGCUGACGAGGUGCCGUCGCAGUUCAGCUCGUCCGAUGAGACCUUGAACGACAUCUGGCGUCUCGGAGCGCGCACUGUGCUGGCAGCGUGCUUCGAACAAGCUUCGCAGCCGUCGACGUGGUCGCCCAGUGCGCAGGGUGUCCUUGUGCCCGGUCAGCGACCUGCUCUGACUCGCAGGUUCUAUGCCAUGGAACCGUACACGCUCACCUUCGAGAGUCGCAUCGAACUCGGCGGAACCGGCUGGGCGGUCGGGUUCCCGGUCUCGACGCUGGAUGGCGGCCUUCUUCUGUACAUCCGCAACGACACACUCACACUAGGGUACGGCUUCUCGCUGCUCAAUCAGACGAGCCUCAACUCUUACGUGCUGGAAUCGUUCACGGUCUCGGUGCGCAAAAAGCAAUGGCUUGCCAUUCAGACCGACGUUUCGGAAGGGAGCCUUGCGGUCAGGAUCGAUGGGCAGAGCGUCUUCAACGUCUCUUUGAGCAAGUACUGGCUGCCUAAAGCUCCCCUUGCGCAGUCCAGAACUCGCGGCUCCUUCGGCUUUGGCCCGUGGCAGGACCACGUGGCUCGCUAUCGAAACGUCAAGGCGGUGGCGACCAACGGCACCAUGCUGUACUCGAAUGACAUGAAGGACACCUCGGGUCAGCUCCUUGAAGAGUAUGGAGUGGCAACCAACCGCUUUGCGACAUGCCUCGAUGGUGCCAAGCGAGACAGGCUGGUCUGGCUCGGCGACUUCUACCACACCGUGCACACUGUAGCCUCGUCAUCUGCCAGGCGUGAUCAGAUCGAGGGUACGCUCGACUAUAUUUUCAAGUAUCAGAUCGCAGAUGGAUCGGUUCCCUCUUCGCCCGGAAUGGGCUACGAUCCGGACAAGAGCAUGGCAGAGGCGGCGCAACGAGGCAAGCCCAACUACCUGCUGCGCGCGGACGCCAACAUCCCCAUCCCUCUUUCGCCGGGAAGCUACGGUCUGUUCGACUACGACAUGCUCGGUCUGCUGGCGUAUCUGCGCUACAUUGAAAACUGGGGCUGGACCAGCUGGGCCAAGGCCAACUUCGAGCACGCUUCGAACAUCAAAGACUUUAUCGUCUCUUCCGCCAACCAGACCACCGGUCUGAUGAACUUCCCAGGCUUCCUGGGCCCAGCACAGGGGUCGGCCAUCGGCUUCCUUGCUCUCAAUGCUCUGAGGAAGUUCGAUGCGCUCUCGCCCAACUCGACGGUCAUGUCCACUGCAGACAAGCUGCAGCAGGCACUGUGGACACUGUGGGAUUCCGACAACGGGGGCUUCCGCAUCUCGAAGGCGGACGGCAACUUUUCCAUCGCUGCGACUGCCUUCGCACUCGAGAGUGGAGCUGUGAUGGCCAAUGACACGGAGCACGCGACGGCGCUACUGCGUCGACUGGACCAAGUCAAAGUUCCCAUCGGAGGCUACCUCGACACUUCGGCUGCCAUCGACGAUCCCACCGCCAACAUCUCGCCCAACAUCAAUGGCUUCCUGCUGGAUGCGCUGGCAGGAGCUGGACAGCACAAGAUGGCGGCCGAGCUGACCAAGAGCAUCUGGACCCAGAUGUUGACCAAUGUCUCGACCAACACGGGCACCACCUGGGAGUACAUGAGCCAGACGGGUCAGCCUGGUCUGUCGUUCUUUACGAGUCACAGCCACCCCUGGUCGAGCGCGCCCACGUACGUGCUGCCACGAUACGCUGCCGGCCUGAGACCACUUGCUCCCGGGUACACCAAGUUUGUGGUGGAGCCCGUACCGGAAGCGUACGGACUCAGCUGGGCGAGCGUGGACCAGAAGACCGAGAACGGCUACAUUCGCGUUCGCUGGAACCAGACGGAUUCAGGUUUGACUGUCCGAGUGAAGGCGCCCGAGAGCGCGGUCGGCCAGGUGGCGUACACCUCUUCGGACGGGACACGCAAGGUGGUGGACCUCCAAGCUAGGUCCGGCUGGCAACAGACCUCGUUCUCUUAG